AUGGUUUUAUCGAGUCUUCUACCGACCAAUGUGACUGACUAUACACCGAGACCAAAAAGAACCCGGUUCGAAUCUCCGAAACAUUAUGAUAGUGGUGGAAGUGGGCCUAAAGAGCUAGAAUUGUGUGAUGUCAUUACUUUGUUGAGAAGCUAUGCAGAUUAUGGUGGUGGGGUGAACUGCUCUGUUUGUGGUAAACUAUACAAGUCAAAAGUCUGUUUUAUUAAACACAUAUGGGAGCACAGUGUGUAUUGGGACUUGUUUGAUGGUGCCAAGAACCAUGAGCGUGUGUUGUCCAUUCAAGCUGCCUUGAUACUCUACAGUGGAAACAAUGAUAUAAAUCUAAAUGGUACAGACUCUUUAAUGAACUUAUUGGUCACAGCCCCUAAUACGCCAGAAAAGAAGAAAGAGAAUGAUCAAUCUCCCCAAAAAAACAAACCAAGAAUAGACAAAUUUCCCAAAAUGGAGUCGUCUCCCUUGAAACGUAAAAGGUCUGACUGA